GAGACCUUGUGCAUCUCCGGCCAAACCAGGACUCUUGAAUAAUGAUGAUAAUAAUGACGAAAGGUCCUAUUGAAGAAGAGAAUUGGCAAAGAUGGUGAUAAAAUAUAUAUUUAUUCAUUUGAAUAACUGAACGGAUGAAUCUACGCUCGCGCGCGCGCUCACACACACACACACAAUGUGUCAUCGUUGUUAAUAAUAGUCGCACGUGCUAACAGGAUGCUCUUUCUGAAGAUGACGUCAUCUGAUGAGGACAACAGUCUAUUGCACAUCGACCAACGAUGACGUCAGUCUGUGACGUCUUGACCCCCAGCACAGCGCGCGAUGUCACGUGCAGAUCAACGUCAUCCCGAGCUCGUGGCCACCUGCAGGGGGCACUACUGUCGGUCGUGCGUCUUCUGACCAGCGCGUUGCUCGCUCUGCAGUGCGUGUGACAAGGAGGCGGAAGGCGGCCACCCGAAGCCGAUUUCACCUUCGUGGAGGACUGUCUGUGUGGAGCUCACUGUCAGAAGUUUCAUCAUCCAGAAACGCCUGAUUCGUAGGCUUCAACCUUCUAAACUUUUGACCCUACCCCGGUCUACCAAUUUCGCAGAAGAAAUGGAGAAAGCGAUGUGGACAGCCAUGGCGUUAAGCCUUUGUCUCGGGAAUGCCACUGCUCCAGCUUGUGCCAUGGACUCGAACCGUUCUGAUGUAGCCCUCAGCCUCGAUGUCACUCCCAUUGGGCUAUGGAGUGUUAGCCAGCACUGGCGGAUCGUCACCAUGACCCUCAGUUCUGUGGGAGUCUUGCUCAAUGUGAUGGCGCUGAUCAUCAUCGUGGUUCACAGGCAGGUGACGUCAUCGUAUCGCGCCAUGCUCUUCAGCCUGACGGCCAUAGACUUUGGCCUCAUCCUGACCACCUUCCUCCUGGCUGUUACAUCCAUAUACGAGGACACUAUUGUCCAGACUGGAGGCACGAAAACGUCGCAAAUCAUCAGCGGCGCGAAUUUCUCAAUGACGAUCACGCAGCCAAACCCCAGUGUCAAAACCGCCUGCCUCAUUCUAACCGCCAUGUUCCACAGCUUCCUCAUCAGCGCAGCGACCACCACCCUGGCCACCUCUGUGGAUCGGGCCGUGGCGGUGCACAGCCCCGUCCUGUACAGAGUGCUCAGCACCUCUAAGGUCAAAAUUGCCGUUGAAGUGUCGCCAUCUAUACUCAUCGUCAUUACAGGCAUACUGACGCUGCCCUUUCUGCACCAGCCCGAACGAGACCCUCUUCUGCGUACCCUUGGUACUUGCAGACAACACUGUACUUAUUUUCCAAGUAAGCUGGUCAGUCUGUCCCCUUCCCUUUUUCCCCAACAGGAACUGGGGCCUGGGGACUUUUGAGGGAACCUGACGGGUGGGUCACCCACGACUCGACCACUGCCAACUCGUCCAAUGUCCAAGUGUCGAUGAUGGUCGUAUCGCUGUAAGGUUUCGUGAUAGCCUCAAACUUCUUUAGAGCUAGAGAGCAACAACUAAAACAAGGACAAACCUGAAUAUCAAACAGAACAUUUAUCUCAGGGCACUAUGAUAGUAAAAAGUAGCUUCUGAAACUGAAAGCAGCCGAAAAACACAAAGUAUUUGUCUACAGGACCUGAAACAGAAGUUGCUAGAACGUUCUAGAAUAGAUAUUUCUACACAUUAAUGAUAGCAAUUGUCUGGUCCCUUGCCAAUGGUCGAGUCGUCCGUCGAGAAUCUGUCAUGAAUCUUGUCCUGGAUGUGUCAUCCUCGGAGGUCUUAGCUUGUCCUUACCAUGGGCAGAGCGAUCAGGUGUCACAAUGGUUAACGUGUUUGUCACCAUCUUUACUUUUUGUGACAUUAAUUAAUCCAACUGUAUAUUUUGUAAAAAAAAUCCUAUCUGGCUGCACACGUAGGCCUGCGUGCUGCUGCUGUCCGCCGUGGGCAUGACGUUGACCUACACCAGCAUCGCCUACAAGCUGACGAGGCGCGCCAUCUUGGUUUUCCCCUUCUUCAGCCAGCGCACGUCUGAUGACACGGCGCAUGAACGUUACAACACGCGCCUCAGCGUCGUGCACGCUGCUGUACAGGCCAUCUGGUUCUGCUUCGUCUACCUGCUGUACGCCAUCUACAUCAUCUGGCUCGCCGUGUCUGGCAUCGACCGCGUCAUUGAGGCCCAGCAAGUGCGCUUUUUGCUUUUUUCCUCUCUGCCCCUAACGAACAGCCUCACCAACCCUCUCUUGGUCUUCUUCCGUCUGCUGAAAGUGCGAGCCUUCUUAGUGCGCAUGCGUUCAGAGCUGACGCACGUCCACACGGCGCACAAUACCGACAGACCUCUUCAGGGACAAAUGAACAUCAAUGUAACGCAAUCUAGUUGUGAGGACAGGGAUCAUCUCUCGGCUGUUGGCACCUCGGAGCAGGGAGGAGCUCCAGGGGCUCUGCACUCGACACUACACCUCCGUGUUGCCGCGGAAUGUGACACCACGACACCAGCCGCCGCUUCCAAGCCUGGUAUCGAUGACCAUCGGCCUUCAACGUCUGAUAAAUAAAGUUCUCAGGAGUUGACGGACUAAUGAGACAUCCGGGAAGAAAGAAAGUGAUCGAUUUAUUUAGUUUUUAAAUUAAGGUUCGGAAAAAAACAUGUUUUUUUCCUUUCAUUCUUUCUUUUUCAUUGGCCUUAUCCUCUGGUUCUUUCUUUCUGUCUUAUUAUUUGCAUUCUCUUUCUUUCUUUUUAUCACUCUUUAUCAUUUUAUUUCUUUUGUUUGUUCCUUCUGUCUUCAGUUAUUUUUUUUUUCUUGUCUUUUUUUUUCUCAGUUUAACGUAGUUUAUCAAACGUUGUCAAAAUGUUAUAUUCGGUCCGAAACUUGACAUGUUCUAUACUGUUUUAAAUAAGAAGGGAAAGACUGUGCUACAUAAGCGAGUACGAUGGGUAACAGGGGCGUUCUCGAGCUGUAGGUGACUUGUAUACAGAUUAAGAUCGAAGACGGAAAAAUGUCUGUUCUGACGAGCGUUCGGAGAUCGAGUGUCCUCCGCGGUCUUCAAAUUACGCCGUCCCCUUCCCAUUGUAACCGCUUCUAUUCCAAAUAGAGCCUAUGUAUAUUCAGCGAUAGAUGAAUGAAAAUAAUGAUUAUGUUUCGUAUAUAUAUAUAUGUUUGUAUUAUUAUGUAAAGAUGGACGAAUAAAACCGUAAUCGCGUUGGGCUUAUGUCACAAAAACCUGUUUUGUCUCUAAGAGAUAUCUUUGUAAAAAAAAAUUAGA